AUGACGAAGGGUACGCAGGCUUUCGGAAAGAAGCACAACAAGACGCACACGUUGUGCCGUCGAUGCGGUCGAUCGUCGUACCACAUUCAGAAGCACACCUGUGCCUCAUGUGGAUUCCCUGCCGCCAGGAAGCGCACCUAUCAAUGGUCUGUCAAAUCGAUCCGACGACGAACCACCGGUACUGGCCGUAUGCGUCACAUGAAGGUUGUCCACCAAAAGUUCAGAAAUGGAUUCCGUGCUGGAACAGUUGCAACGCCAAAAUCAGGAGGAGUAUCGGCAGGAGUUGCAAUUUGGUUGUUCUUUCGUAGAUUAGGAGUUAAAGAUGUCGUUACUGAUGUGAUAAAUUCGAAGCCUCGCUAUUUGACACGCUACAUCGAGCUUGAGCCAUGGAUGGUUGGUGCGAUCAUUGGAAAAAGAGGAUACACUAUCUCAAAGCUUCAAAUGGAAACUAAAUGUCUUUUACGAAUUGUUCAUUAUGAUCCGGAGAGCGCAUUGAAAGCCGGAAAUACUUAUCCAUACUUGAGCAACUAUAAUGACAAGGACACCAGAUCUUCUGAUGACGAGGAUUGGAAUGCGGAGGUUAGACCAAAGAAAUCAUCAGUGAAAACACCCUUCUUGGAAGCGUACAAUCAUCUUCUACAACUGGUCCAAGAGCUCAUCUCCAACACCAAAGAGAAACGUGUUCACCGGAAAGUAUUUAUCCCAAAAGAAAGCGCUUUACACACAUAUGGUCUCUAUGGUCGAAAUGUUAGGAGGAUUCAACGUUCCACGCGUGUCGUUGUAGAAAUUGCACUUGAAGGCAUUGAAGCACAAUCAAAUGGGCAACAACUUCCUGGGUUGAAUGGAAAUCAAGAAGAAGUGCUUGAAGGAAAAGUCGCUGUUUAUUUUUAUGGUCCAGAGAAAAAUCUGCAAAUCGCCGAAGAGAUGCUCUUGAAGUAUGUCGAGGAUUAUUACUACAAAUUCGGCUAUGCGACAAAUCAAAAGGUUUCCCUCGCCGAAUAUGAUGAGCCCACAGUUUCCGAGAUCCUGGAGCGUAUACUCAAAGUCCAUGAAAGUACGAAAGACGACGAAGAAUUU